AUGGAAUACACGAAUGGGGCAUGGCUGCAGCAGACAGUUCCUGAUUUGCCAGUCGUCCCCGAUGGGCAGCACCAUGCGAACGACGAUUGGAAGGACCCAUCCUCCAGCGUCCAAGGGGUGUCGGGGACGGUGUCCGUCGCUGGGCAGGGCAUGGAUUUGAGCGACUUCGGCCUAGGAGAUCUCUCGGUCCCGUCCUCGUCCUCCAGCUCUGUCUCUACGCCAUCUACGUCGUAUUUCGGCUUUCCCCAGCAGCAUUUCUUCCUCCCAAGUGCUCCCGGGUCCUAUAAUACCGUAGCAUACGGUACGACACAGUGGUCGAAUCCAACCCCUCAGCUGCCGUUAUCGAGCUACUCUUCCCUCAAUGGCGCAACCAGUGCGACCAGUGCAUCCUCGUUGUCGCAACAACAACAGCAACAACAGCAGGCGAUGUCCUCGGCGGCUCAGUCUCCGAUGAUGAUCGACACAAUGCCACCCCCGAAGCCGAUAGGGCCGACCCCCGAGCAGCGAAAGGCGACAUUCAUGUCCACCAUCAAGCCUCUUUUGACGCCGAAUUCAUUCACCGGCGCCGGCGCUGUAGCUCAGCUGGUGGGUCAUAUCGAGGAUUACGGUGCUCUAGACGUAGAUGCAUCGACUCGGCUCGAGAUUCUGACGAAGAUGAGGGACAACGCUGGUAACCACUACUUCCGUGCGUGGGUAGAAAAUGAGGGGGCGAUGGACGUGACGAGGGAAUGGCUAAAGUCGGGAUACACGGCAAAGGCUGAUAGCCAGCUGGUGGAGACCAUCAUGCCCUUACUGCAUCUAACGAGGAAGGUUCAGAUCAUCGAUCGACUACCCCUCACUCUCGAAAGCCUGAAGGCCUCCAAGCUUGGCAAGAUCAUUGUACGACUCGUCAAGGAACCUCCAGCUCCUGCGAUCAAGGAUAUGGCUUCCAACCUCGAGCGUAAAUGGCGGCAACUGCUCGUUGCGAGUCAGGAAGAAUCAAAACGAAUGGAUGUCGAUGAUGAUCCCAAGGGUAAAAAGCGGAAGGCGGAUCCGUCGAUCUCUAAAGCAGCACCUCCGUCUAAGAGGCCUGCUGUGUCUGCCCCGGGGACAUCAAUAAAGACGGUUGCAGUGAAGAAGGAUGUCAAGACGGUUGUACGGGAGGUAAAGGAUGCGAAGUCCGAUUCCUCAUUCUUUUCAGCGCCGAAGCCGAAGCCAAAACUACCGAGCUUCAAAAAGGCAUCUCCUGCUAGUACAGCAGUCAAGAAGGAACCGGAUCAUAAUGUCGCGCAGCCAUCAUCCAUCAAUCCAUUCGAGGAAGCACUCAAGUCAAUGGCUAAGACGCGCAGAGACUCCCCUGCGACGUCAACGCCUCCGCCACCGGUACCGAGCUCAUCAGCACCCUCGGCCGCGCCCAGUCUCACGGUAUCCGGGAAGCCGAAGAAAAUGGUCACGUGGGCGCCCGAGGGCAAGCUUGAGUUGAUCAAGCUCAUUGAGCGGGCGGUGUACGACGAUGAUCCUGCAGAUGUCAGCGCAAUCUCCCUCGUACUCUCAUAUACAUCGAUGUCUGGCACACAGGGCACGUUCUCGAACCAUAAUGUCCGCGAUCUCGAUCGAGACGAAGGUGCCGCGCUACACGCCCACCUGUUCGAGGAACAAAUGGAGUGGACAGAACCUAUUCCGCUUGAGACGCCACUAAAUCUUGACUUUCCGCGGGGGGAGAACAGUCAAGAGAAGGCCGUGCAGGAGGCGCGAGAACAAAGUGCCCUUGUUGCUCUAUACACACUUCCGAACCAAAUACCGGAGAGCCCAGCGGAGCCUUCUACGCAGAUUCCAGACGAGCAGGUCGACGAGGGUGUCAGAAUCAUGCUGACGGGAGCCGAAGUCGAUGUUGUCUUCUGGAGUGGCGGCGCGCCGGCUGUGGUUGAGCCUCCUAAACACUCCGUCGCGGAGUUGGUGAACCAGCUUGCCGCCGGCACGACAGCAGAUACAUCGGCGGUCGGUGCAUUGUCGCAGGGCUCUCAGCCGCAAAUGGAUCUCAAAGCUUUCGGUCUCGAUGCGAAUGCCAUGCAAGGAGUGACGAGCGAUUUGAAUCCUGAACAAUUGCAGCAGCUUGUGCAGGCGCUAAGCCAAGGCGCGAUUUUCCAGUCGCAGGCCCCCGGACAGCCGGCCCAAGGCGGUGAUUGGAAUUCCGAACAAUACUCUGAUUACGACCGAGGAAACUAUUACGAAGACGUGAGCGAGGAGGCAGUCGUGGUCGUUAUCGCGGUGGCCGCGGCGGUAGAGGCCGAGGCGAAGGUUUCAGAAGUAAUAAACGAAAACCAUGCAGUUUCUUUGCAGCAGGAAGGCGAGCACCGAACCUACAGCGAACUUCCAAAACAGGAAACUAAUAACAAUGUUCCUUCCCGAUUGUAG